AUGGUUUUUGAUGAUGAACUUAAAGAUACAGGUUCUGUGGGACAAUCUCAUAGUACUGAAAGGUCAACAGAAAUCCAAGACGAUGACAAUCCUGAAUUUAUAAAAACUGACCAUGAUAUAAAGAAAUCUAAUACGGAAGGAAACAGAAAACCCAUGAAUUUCGGUAAUAAUGAACAGGUUUUCAACAAUACUGCGAGCUCUACGAAACGAUCGCACCCUGAACAUGACCAAAAGAAAUCGUCUAAUACGAGAGAAGAUGAAAAACCCAUGGUUUUUGAUGAUGAACUUAAAGAUACAGGUUCUGUGGGACAAUCUCAUAGUACUGAAAGGUCAACAGAAAUCCAAGACGAUGACAAUCCUGAAUUUAUAAAAACUGAACAUGAUAUAAAGAAAUCGUAUAAUACUGAAGGAAACAGAAAACCCAUGAAUUUCGGUAAUAAUGAACGGGUUCUCGAUAAUACUACGAGCUCUACGAAACCUGAACAUGAUCAAAAGAAAUCGUCUAAUACGAGAGAAGAUGGAAAACCCAUGGUUUUUGAUGAUGAACUUAAUACAGGCUCCGUGGGACAAUCGCAUAGUACAAGAAG